AUGCUUUUCUGGCACAGUCAACCUGACCAUUACUGGCCGAGUCCAGGGGAAAUGUAUCCGUGCUCCAGCAGCAACCUGAUCAGGGAGCCCCUGCCGUUGCCGUUCUUGAAGCAGGAGGAACCCAACAGCAUCUCCACGUCGGCCGAGCAGCACUGCCCUUCCUUCCAGUAUGUGCUGUGCGCGGCCACGUCCCCAGCGGUCAAGCAGCACGAAGAGACCCUCACCUACCUCAACCAAGGGCAGUCUUACGAGAUCCGGAUGCUCUGUAACCCCAAGAUGGGAGAAUUCGCAGAAGGCCGCAAGAUGCUGAAGAGCGUGGCCAGGGUGGUAUUCCACGACCGGAGACUACAAUAUACGGAGCACCAACAGCUGGAAGGGUGGAGGUGGAACCGGCCAGGGGACCGCAUCCUGGAUAUUGAUAUCCCAAUGUCCGUAGGCAUCCUUGAACCCCACAUCCACCCUACAUUGCUCAACACUGUGGAAUUCUUGUGGGACCCGACCAAGAGGACAUCCGUCUUUGUCCAGGUCCACUGUAUCAGCACUGAAUUCACACUGCGCAAGGGUGGCGGGGAGAAAGGGGUCCCCUUCCGCAUACAGGUGGACACCUUCCGGCCUAACGAGAAGGACGAACAUGUGGAACACCUGCACUCAGCCAGCUGCCUGGUGAAAGUCUUUAAGCCCAAAGGAGCUGACCGGAAACAGAAGACGGAUCGGGAGAAGAUCGAAAAGCAGUCCCUCCAAGAGCGGGAGAAGUACCAGCCUUCCUACGAGAGCACCAUGCUGACGGAGUGCCCCCCGUGGCCAGAAGCCUCCAGCAACCUCCACAGUCCUCCGGCCACCCCCGGCCUCAUCUCUCCACACCCCUUCAAGUUCCAGACUCCUGAAAGGGUCUGUUCCUCUCCCAGCUAUGCCUCGGACAGCUCGUCGGAAAGCACGGCGGAGGCCCUGAGCCCAAGCGCCUCCAUCUUGGAAACCCAGCAGUGGCUGCACAAGAACAGGUUCUCCAGUUACUUCCGGGUUUUCGCCAGCUACACGGGCGCCGACUUGUUAAAGCUCUCCCGCAGUGACCUCAUACAGAUCUGUGGAACCGCAGAUGGCAUCCGACUUUCCAACGCUCUAAAAGCCAGGAACGUGCGUCCUCGGCUCAUCCUCUACAUAUCCAGAGAGACAGAGACGAGUGGGGAUGACAGCCCCAGUACCCCUGUGCCCGCCAUUUACCAGGAAUUGUAUUUGGAAGAACUCACUGCCACGGAACUGACCAAUAAGCUGGCCGAACUCCUCAGCCUCCCAGCCAAUCAAAUCCAGCAGGUUUCCAGACAGGGACCCGCAGGAAUCCACAUCCUCAUCAGUGACCAGAUGGUCAGGAACCUCCCUGAUGAGUCAUGCUUUAUAGCAGCUGUAACCAAAGUGCACAAUUCAGAAGGCUAUCACUUAGUUCUGAAAUAG